UACUUCAGAGAAAGCUUACUCACGACAAAACCCAACCACAGCGCUUGAUCACAGCAAGACUACUGCACAUAGCAAGACCACUGCAAGACCAUUGCAAAACUUAGCCAAAGACUUGUUCUGGACGAAACUUGAUAAUCACAAGCUUUAA